CGCGCGGCGCAGAGGAGAGCACUAGAGCAGGCGCGCGGCGGCAAGAAGAACCAAGAUGCUCAAGUUGCACAAGGAGCGGCGGCCGCCGGCGCUUCUCGCCGUGGCCGUCGCCGCCGCCGCCCUGCUCCUGUGCUCGUGCCCCGCCGUCGUUUCCGCCCGGAAGGUGGGCGAGACGUGCGCGCUGGGGCGGAACUGCGACGCCGGGCUGCACUGCGAGACGUGCGCGGCGGACGGCGGCGUGCGGCCGCGGUGCACCCGGGUGACCCCCGUCGACCCGCAGAGCAAGGCGGCGGACCUGCCCUUCAACCGCUACUCGUGGCUCACCACCCACAACUCCUUCGCCCGCCUCGGCGCCCGCUCCCAGACGGGGACGGCCAUCGCCACCGCGUGGAACCAGCAGGACACCGUCACCCAGCAGCUCAACAACGGCGUGAGAGGGCUGAUGCUGGACAUGUACGACUUCCGCAACGACAUAUGGCUCUGCCACUCCUACGGCGGCGCCUGCCAAAACUUCACCGCCUUCACGCCGGCGGUGAACGUGCUCCGGGAGAUCGAGGUGUUCCUGGCGAGGAACCCGUCGGAGGUGAUCACGAUCUUCAUCGAGGACUACGUGGAGUCGCCGAAGGGGCUCACCCGCGUCUUCAACGCCUCCGGCCUGACGCGGUACCUGUUCCCGGCGUGGCGCAUGCCCAAGAAGGGCGGCGACUGGCCGCUGCUCAGCGACAUGGUCCGCGACAACCACCGCCUCCUCGCCUUCACCUCCAAGGCCGCCAAGGAGGCCGCCGAGGGGUUCCCCCACGAGUGGCGCUACGUCGUCGAGAACCAGUGUACGUACUCACGCAGGCACGAAUCAUCACGGCGGCAUGCGGGGCAUGACAAAUGUGAAAAUGUUUCAUGUGCUGCAGACGGGACGAAAGGGAUGGUGAACGGGGCGUGCCCGAACAGGGCCGAGUCGGCCACCAUGAACGACCUGUCGAGGUCACUGGUGUUGGUGAACUACUUCAGGGACCUCCCCAACUUCCCAGAGGCCUGCAAGGACAACUCGGCGCAGCUACUGGGCAUGCUAGACACAUGCCACUCCGCCUCCGGGAACAGAUGGCCUAACUUCAUCGCCGUCGACUUCUACAAGAGAAGCGACAGAGGCGGUGCGGCGGAAGCCACGGACAAGGCCAACGGCGGGCUGGUCUGUGGAUGCGGAAGCAUAGCUGCUUGCAAUAGCAAUGGUACGUGCUCACCGCGCAACCACGGGGCCACGCCGAAAGGCAUCUUCAACGCGACCUCAGACGCUGCUGUGCGGCGGUGGCCCGCAACGUUGCAGUGGCAGCUGCUGAUGCUGCCGUCCACUGUCAUUGCUCUACUAUUGUGCUUGUAGAAGUGCAGUGGAAUGUAGAAAGCUUCGUCUAAGGAUAGAUCAGUUUGGAGAUUGUAAAUCAGCUGCUUAGCAGCAGAGAGAUCACGAAAGUUGUCUGACCCCCAUUGCAAAUAUAAAGCAGUGCAAUUGCUACUUC